CCUCGACUCUGCUCAUCUGCACUUCCUCAUCAGCAAAAACCACCCAGAUCCAGUCUUCUGCUCACCAUGGGCUUCGGAGACCUCGACAUCAUCUGCGACCGCGUCCCGGUUCCCCUCUGCUCGCUCGUGGGCCCGUACUCGAGCUCGGCAGCGGGCCUCGAGGCCGCGGGAAUCAUGGCAAAGUGCUAUUCCCGCAACGUCUCGGUCGCAAACACAAUCAUCUUCCAGACCGGAAAUGCGUUUAUCUCAAUAGGCACGCUUGCGAUGAUGGUCAUCAUCAUCUUUAACGUGCGCUCAAAGUACACCGCCGUCGGCCGCCGAGAGAUCCUGCAGUUUUUCAACAUCUACGCCCUCCUAACCAUCUUCUCGCUCCUCGUCGACACCGGCGUCGUGCCUCCCGCAUCAAAGCCAUACCCCUACUUCGUCGCCGUCCAAUCCGGCCUAGUAUCGGCCGCAUGCUGGUGUCUAAUGCUCAACGGCUUCGUCGGCUUCCAACUCUACGAAGACGGCACCAACCGCUCGAUCUGGACCCUCAGACUCAUAACCGUCGGCUCGUUCGCGCUUACCUUUGUCAUCUCGAUCUUCACCUUCAAGAGCUGGGGCUCGCUUUCGCCCAAAGACACCACCGCGCUCUUCGUCGUGCUCUACAUCCUCAACCUCGUCGCCGUCGUCAUCUACGCCAUCUCACAAAUCAUCCUCGUCCUCUUCACCCUGCAGGACCUCUGGCCGCUCGGCGACAUCGCUCUCGGCAUCUUCUUCUUCGUUGCCGGCCAGGUCCUGCUCAACGUCUUCUCCAGCACGCUCUGCGAACACAUGAAGCACUACGUCGACGGCCUCAUGUUUGCCACUUUCUGCAAUAUCCUCACCGUCAUGAUGAUUUACAAGUACUGGGACUCCAUCACGCGCGAGGACCUCGAAUUCAGCGUCGGCGCAAACGUCGUCGUCCCCGUCCAGCGCGCCGUGCCUUGGGACGGAAAGGAGUACUACGACGAAGACCAGAGCAACAUCUACCAAAACGAGGGAUCCGGGUAUACCGGCUCUUUCUACGCCCUCAGAGAUACCGGUAGCGCCUACCAGCUCGCCAGAGACGAGUAGUCCGUCAGUGCACGAGAGAAGGUAUUUACAGACCAGAUGAACAUCACCUUUGGGAACUUUGGAGUUUGCUUUUUUCUUUUUUUUAUCAGUUUUUUAGUCUGUAUUUGCAUACGAGUUUUGAUGUGUUUUGUGUUUCUGUAGUCAUGCUGUGUAAUACACGUAUUUGUUCGUCAUGUGUUCAUGUAAUUCCUCUACUUCUACUUAUCCAUACGUA